GGCAGCAGUCAGGUAGUCCCGAUCGUGCUGUAGCUCGCUCGGGGGGAUACUUUUCCUCUGCCUUUCUUGUGCUGGCUGACUGGUGAGCCUUACAUCCACGUUUCACAGCAUUAGGUAUCUUUUUCCUCGGAGCUAUUGGACUAGGCAUAUGAAAUGAGACUAUAUAUCUGCAGACCGGCUGUAAAGUUUUAUGACUUUUAAUUGAGGUGGGAACUUAUAGGCUUAGAACAAGUGCAGGAUCGGUCGCCGCCUAUUGCAGCCGGUGUCCCGGGAGGAUGUUUAACCCCAGUGAUGGCUCCUGUCACCUCUCACUUUCCAGCCCGGUCCUCUUACUGGCAUGCAUGGUCUAUUUGGCUACCUUCUGUAACUUAGCCAGAACUUCUUCAGAUUUCUCAGGUUAUAUGUCAAAAGUGCUAAGGAAUUAUACAGAACAUGCUUGUGAUGGAGAAUAUAUUUCUCUCAGAUGUCCCCACAGAACCACCAUCAGCAUCCAGUCAUCAUUUUAUGGACGAAGAGUGCCUGGUCAUCAGAUGUGCCCAUCACGCUACCCACAGUCCUAUUCCGAACUAGUCAAAGAAGCUUUCUCUUGUUCUGCUGUUACAUCAUUACAGAAAAUGCUGGAUGAGUGCCAGGACCGGCGGAGCUGUCAACUGCUUGUCAACAGUCGACUCUUUGGGACAGACCCUUGCUCUGGGACCAGCAAAUACCUCAUUGUGUGGUAUAAAUGUAGGCCGAAUGAAUAUAAGAGCAAGGUUGCCUGUGAGGGAGACAAGCUGCGACUCAGCUGCAGAAGGAACAUGGUGAUUGUUAUCUAUUCAGCCAUCUUUGGCAGGUCACAAGAAGGCAGCUUGGAGUGUCCAUACCAGAAGCGAAGUACACCCUCAAUAGACUGCCAGUCUGCCUUAGCCCUCCAAGUCAUGACAAAGAAGUGUCAUGCAAAGAGGAGUUGCAGUGUGUAUGCCAGCACAUUUGAUUUUGGGGACCCUUGCUACCCAGGUAUCCGCAAGCAUCUCAACGUCAUCUACACCUGUGUACCAAAAAAACUCCUGGAUGGUAGUCAACCACAACUGACAAGUUACCAAGGAAUUCGACAGUCAAGCCAUAUCCAGCACCCAAGACCCUAUGAUCCCAAUGUCAUUGAAGACGGAGCAUAUUUUCAUGAUGUGUCAUCCUUCAUAACAGAAGCACAUUCAGAAGAAAAGAACAUAGGGAGGUCAGCUUCCUUUUACCCAAUGGACAGCAAACCAUUGCCAGUACCUGUGGAUGAGGUACGACGGCCCCUGUUUAAUGACAGUAUGGAGGCGAGAGGAGUUCAUACAGAAAUGGCACUACUCAGCAAUAUCUUAGCAGCAUAUUCUUUCAUAACAGAAAAUCCAGAGCGGGCAGCUUUGUAUUUUGUAACUGGCAUAUGUAUCGGCCUAGUACUUACACUAGUUGCCCUAGUAGUGAAGAUGUCCUGUUUGGGAGACUGCAGAAAAGAAGAGGUGAAGAAAGCUUGUCGAACUGAAGAGUGCAGCAGUGACAGCAGUGACAGUGAUGACGACUCAGAUACCACCUCAGACAUUUCUGCUAGACGGCAUCGCCGCUUUGAGAGAACCUUAAACAUGAACGUUUUCACCUCUGCUGAGGAACUGGAACGAGCACAAAGAUUAGAGGAGAGGGAACGUAUAAUUCGUGAAAUAUGGAUGAAUGGACAGCCAGACAUUCCUGGCACACGGAGUUUGAAUCGUUAUUAUUAGUGUCAUAUGAACACGAAAUUGUGUGAAACUUACAUGCGCAAAGUCUUCCUCCAGAAUGGGCAUUUAAUAAUAACUAUGAUGAGUUGGAGGAGAGUCUGAUGAAUUGAAGAGAGAUGGUGGUGAUGUGAUAACAUACAGUAAAUGCUGUGUGCAUGCACAACAUAACUGUCUAUUUAUUUGAAAGCACUAUUGUUUGGUGCCAGUCUACGUAAGGAAUCACUGGUGCUUACUGUGUUUUGUCGGAAAAACAUUUUUGUUCUUUCAGAAAGUUUUGAUUCAGGACUUGAGGCCUUUGAGACCUAAAUGCUCCAGAGGCAGAAAUCAGAUGAAUUGCUUUUGUUUCUGUUCUUUGAAAGCACUGUUUUUUUGGAAUAUUUGUUAACAUUAUUGCAGUGUAUAGCUACACUAGCUAGUUUUCUGAAUCUACUUCCAUAUUUUCUGAAGGAUUUCAUGAGAUAUUAAGUGAACAAGUGCCUUUAGGACUAUGCCUGAAGGAGAUCAAGUAAGGCAGUGUGUAAAGUAAGUUGUGAGCGAACCAAAGAACAACAUGGCUACUAAUUGUACUCCAUUUUGGAUAGUCUGAAGAUUUACAUGAAAUUGACCCUGUAAUGAAAUGGAAAAAAAAAAUGGAAAGUGCGUGGCUUCUUUGCUGAAACAUCUCAGCCCCUAGAUAAUGUAGAAAAUAUUUUAUUAUUCAAGUCUUUUGAAUAUUCUAGCUUUUCAAUGGCAACUGACACCUCAGGGAUAAAAUCCUGUUAUUUUUUUAUCUGUACAUUUUUGUCCAAAGUGUAAUUAAAUGAUGUGUAUAAGAUGUGUCAGUUGUAAUUUACCACCUCAGAGAGGUUGCAAAUGUUGCUAUUGUUCUGUUUUUUCAUUUGGUGAUGCACAAUGACGUGUUUUAUCAUGCACGGUGUUUUAUAAGCACAUAUGUAUAUUUUAUUAAGUACUGUAUUUUUAAAAUGACAGAUUUUCAAUAUACCAAAGGCUGGUUAAAUGUGACCAAAUGCUAAUUGCUCAGAAAAGAUAUGUACAAAAGCAAAUAAAUAAAUAAACGUCUAAAUGUA